AUGUCCGCGUCUACACUUGUUAUCCCUGUCAUCCCUGAUGAAACACGUACGGCACGUGCUAUAUCUGAAAAAACCUGUGAAGACACAACUAUCCUGUCUUAUCUUCCCUUAUCUUACCUCGAAGCAUCCAAAGAGGUCAGGACCUCAUUUUGCUGCUGUUGUUCACACAGGAGUGUGAUUGAAAAUCAGCAAGCGUCUGAAAUG